AUGAAAAUCCGCUCCUGUAUUACCGCCUUGUUGGGCGCUUCUACCGUUGCAGGUGUAACUAUCACCCAGGACACAACAACAAGUGGAGCGGUGGACUUUUCUCUUGGUGUCACUGUCGCUCCUGGAGUUAAGUACUCCAUUUGGAAUAACGCUGUCAGUGCUAUUGCCGGCAGUUUGAAUGUCGGCUCUGGAGGUGGCUUCUACAUUUCAUCCGAUAAUCCCUUGCUUGGGUUGUCCGUCACCCUCUUGGGGGUGGUGAAUACCAUCACCAACAACGGUGUCGUCUCCUUCAACUCGGUGGUGUCAGCAACUGCGCCAACCUAUAACCUUGUGGGGGCGUCGUUCACCAAUAACGGCCAGGUUUACUUUUCCUCCAAAGGUUCUAUUUUCCCGGGUGUUCAGUCGAUCACCUCGUCCACUUGGAACAACAACGGCCUCAUCCUGAUUUACCAAGAGUCCCGGUCCACCGGCGCUGUCGUACUCGGUCCUGCGCUUGGCGACUUGAACAAUAACGGUAACAUUUGUCUUUACAACCAGAUUUGGAUCCAGACUGGUAACGUUAAGGGUAACGGUUGUUGGCAAAUUCUUGGUGACUCUUUGGCCCAAUUGAACCUUCCCGCUUCGCCCAUCGACACCACUCAAGUGUUCUACAUGGGGGGCCCUGAUUCUGAAUUGUUGGCUACUUUGGUGACUGCUAGUCAGACUUAUACUGUGGCUGGUUUUGGUAAUGGUAACUUCAUUGGGCUCACGGGGCCGAUCUUAAGUUGGAACUAUAACUCGGGAACUGGUGUCUUGACCCUUUACUCAGGUGUUUUCAACACGUUGCCACAAAGAUUCCUCAUUGGUCCCAACUAUGUCCAGCUGAAAUUUCUGACCACAUCGCACAUUUUCUCCGGUGUCUCGGCGCCAUUGAAUAACGCGAUUGUUUAUAAUGCUGCUCCGCCUAACCCCAAGCCGGCCAAGUGUGGGGUAUGUACUCUGACCGUCGCGGCUCCUAAGCCGACCUCGUCUUCAUCUACAUCGACGAAACCAACUACCGCGCCCACUACCGCGCCUACUACCGCGCCCACUACCGCGCCUACUACCGCGCCCACUACCGCGCCCACUACCGAAGGUUUUCUCGGUCAAUAA